AUGGACAAUAGUUGUUUUGAAAGGCUAUGUGAGCAGGAGCAAGCACUGCAUGAAAACUAUAGGCAUUUGAAUUCUGUGUUCAGGGUUUUACACGAACUAACCGAUACCAGCAAGGAUGAAUCGGCUCAAAUGGACACUCUGGAGUCAUUGUCAGACGAAUACAGCUCCCUGGUGGCGAGUUCAGUUGAUCUAAGAUUUUCAAAAUACCAAGCGAGGGAAUCUCAGGUCGCCGCUUUGCAGAGAACUCGACGUAAUAGCAAUUACGCAAGACUACAAAGCGUCGAGAAUCUGGCGGAAUUUAUCACAUUACUAGAAAACAUCAGCAGAAAUUACUUGACUUAUGUCAACCUGCUGAAGCGGUUAUCGAUCGAUCUGGUGAAAGAAAUUGAAAUAGCAGAUCCCAGUGUGACGGAAUUCGUGGUGGACAAGUGGAAUCCUCCUAAGAGCCUACAGCCGAUAUUGGAGGACCUAGGAGACUGUAACACAGACCCCCAAGCCGCGGUAGCUCGCUUGGAUGGAUAUUUAGACCAGAUCAAGAUGGAACGCGCUAAGUACACUAUUGAGAAUAGACACUCCCUGCAAGGCAUUUUACGUGACCUAAACAAAGAAGUAAGUGACUGGAGGAAAGAAUGGGACUCGAUAGAGAAUUGGAUGUUUGGUGACAGUGCUCAUUCCAUGAAGAAAAUGCUGCAGAAUAUAGAUUCUCUGAAGUCAAAACUGCAGCGUCAAGAGCGACUCGAAAAUGGCACAGAUAGCCAAGUGGCUAAUGCCAGUUAG